AUGGAGCCUGAGUUAGCUCUAUUGCUGCACACUUAUAGUGUUGUCUUUGCCACACCUAUCAAUCUACCUCCUCGACGAUCUCAUGAUCACUCAAUUCCCUUGUUGGAAAGGUCACAACCUGUCAAGGUUAAACCUUACAGGUAUCCACAUAGUCAGAAGGAAGAAAUUGAGAAACUAGUCUCUGGAUCAGGCAUAGCUAUGGAUGCAAACAAAUUAGAGGUAGUUCAAAAUUGGGUAGAGCCUAUGAAGCUAAAGCAAUUAAGGGGCUUCCUAGGACUUACAAGUUAUUAUAGAAGAUUUGUUCAGUCCUAUGCUACCAUUGCAGCACCUUUGAUUGAUCUAUUGAAGAAGGACUCUUUCAGAUGGAGUCAAGCUAUUGCUCAGGCUUUCCAACAACUUAAGAUAGCCGUGACUUCUGCACUUGUCCUUGCUAUUCCUAAUUUCAAUGAAAUUUUUGUAUUAUAA